UGCAGAGGAAGAAGCAGUAAAAACUUGUCUUUACAGGAAGCCGGAGCCUUAACGCUAACAAUUUAUGUAUUAGCUUUUAUGCACAGCCAUAAAUUAACUCCGGGGAUUCUAAUACGUGUCGAUUGCUCCAGAGAUCAAGAUGUUUAACAGACAGACGAGCUUGUGGAUGGGAGAUUUGGAUCCAUAUAUGGAUGAGAACUUCAUCAAACAGGCAUUCAGUGCUAUGGGAGAGUCCCCGUUCGGAGUGAAGAUCAUCACUCACAGAAUCACAGGGGGUUCAGCAGGUUACUGCUUUGUGGAGCUGGCUGAUGAAGCGAGUGUGGACCGCUGUGUCCAGAGGCUCAAUGGGAAACUGGUUCCUGGAUCAAACCCGCCCCGGAAGUUUAAGCUAAACUAUGCCACCUAUGGGAAACGGCCAGAGGCAGGCCCAGAGUUCUCAGUGUUUGUGGGCGACUUGGCUGCUGAGGUCGACGACUUCCAGCUGCAUCAAGUUUUUAAGAAGUACCCUUCCUGCAAAGGAGCCAAAGUAGUCACAGACCAGUACGGAUACUCCAGAGGCUACGGUUUUGUCAAGUUCGGGGAGGAGAGUGAACAGAAGAAGGCGAUUGAGGAAUGCCAGGGCACGAUGCUGGGAGGGAAGCCGCUCAGACUCAGCAUCGCUGUGGCCAAGAGCCAGAAGAUGAGCACCUACCACGCCGGCCCGGGCCAGAAUUACCAUGGCAACUACAACCAGACGCAGUCCGGUUACUACGGCGGCCACGGCGUCGGGGGUCAGGCGGGCUACUACUCUCAGUGGGGGGGCUACGACCAGUACGGCGGCUACAACAGCGGUUAUAACAGCGGCUACAAUCCCGGCUACAACGCUGGCUACAACUACAACUACGGGCCCUACGGAUACCCCCCACCCGGCCACAUGAUGCCCCCCCCUCCCAUAGGGAUGCCCCCCAUGUCCACCGACGCCUCCGGAGCCGCAGAGGGUCAGGAGGACGGGGAGGACGUCGAGGAGGACAACGCAGAAGAGACGAUCUCUGAAUGCGACAUAGACAUGUGGAACAAAGACUUCAUGCAGCGCAGCGAGGAGGUCUUCGACGCCAUGAUGAACAGCCACUGGGAACCUCUGGAGUCCGACGUCUCCGUCCCCUCUCUGUCUUGAUGCCCGGUUUUUAUGUCGUCUUCUGCUUCCUCUUUUACCCCCGGGCUUUUAUUGGUUUUAUAUUUCCCCAAUCAGACACGUAAAGAGAUCCGGUUCCGGUUCCUGGUCCGAUGUGUUGGUAAUCUGGACGUUAGUCAGUUUUCGGUGAAAUUGAUGUCUCUUUUUUGCACCAGUUACUUGGAUGACAUGUUGGAACUGAAGCGUCUCAAGGUGAAUGUUCUGUCUUGUCACUAUUUAAUGUCACUUCCAAAAAAAAAAAAAACAUUUAUUUUUUUACUGACUCAUAACUUAGUAACAAGCAUCUUACUGAUUUAGCUUUUUCCUGAUUCUUAUCUUGUAAAGACAGAAACCUACACUAUGCCUUCAUGAUCUUUUACCACAUCUCUCCUGUCCGUUCAGGGAGGCCUUUUGAAUCAUUUUGUACAGACAGGAUGUCACCGUUGGUCAUCUGGCUAAUAUUUUUCUCAUUGAAGGAUUUUUCCUCUCGCCUGAGGACUUUUAUUGAGUUUGACAGUUGGGUUGUGCAGAAGUGUUUCCGUGUGCAGAUUCACCGGAAAACAAUCAAAUAGAAAUGUUAUUUAUCUCAGUGUGUUUCUGUGUAAUUGCUGAAUGGUGCAACCUUUCGAUGUGUGUGUGUGUGUGUGUGUGUGUGUGUGUGUGUGUGUGUGUGUGUGUGUGUGUGUGUGUGUGUGUGCGUGCUGUGAAACUCUCUGUCAGGACUUUGAGAGGCUGGAAGCUGCUCUUUGAUGGCUGAAAUUUUGUACAUAUUUGUGGAGACAUUUUAUGAAUAAAACUAUUAUGGGAGGAAAUCAG